CACACAUCUACAGAGUAGAAUGACAAACAAAAGUGUCGCUCUCCUUUAAUCCUGGGAUGACAUCAUAAUGAGGAGGAGGGAAGCUGCUUGGAGAAACACAACGCCAUUUUCACUGAGUGCAGCUCCAGGCAGAUGCGUCUGAGCUGAGACCUCAGUGUUUUCGCCGUCGCACAUUAUGACUGUGUGAUUAUGAGACUAUUGUCUCUGCGCCACUCUGUGAUUUGAGCUCGUGCUGGUGGAAUAGGACUGUCAGUGGCAGGAACUUCCCCCGUCGAGCGCCGGAAGACUGGACACACACACAGCUGCCCCAAACCCUCACAAUCAGGCUGCGGAGCGUCAUAUUGACUGGAGGUUCGUGGAGGGACGAGGAGGAACAAACCCUGUUACGGUUGUGUGUGAUCUGGAUGCUCCGCAGAACGGAUGCGUGAGGACAUGUCGAGCGUGGUGUGCGUGAAGGAGACGGACGGGCAGGGGGACCCCGAAGAGAAGCUGUCCCAGGACGAGCUGCUAUGUCGGACACGGGAGGUCAUGCAGGGGCUGGAGGCGCUCCGUGCAGAACAUCAGGCCAUCCUGGAGGGGCUGAUGGGGACCUUGCGCUGCCUCAAACAGAGCCAGGAGGGUCGUGCUGUUGAGGAGAAGACCGCCAUGAUCCAGCGCUCUAUGGAGAUGCUGGAGCUGGGCCUCAGCGAAGCACAGGUGAUGAUGGCUUUGUCAGGGCACCUGAGUGCAGUGGAGGCAGAGAAACAGAAGCUUCGAGCACAGGUGCGUAGGCUGUGUCAGGAGAACCAGUGGCUGAGAGACGAGCUGGCAGGAACCCAGCAGCGGCUGCAGAAGAGUGAGCAGAGCGUGGCCCAGCUGGAGGAGGAGAAGAAACAUCUGGAGUUCAUGAACCAGCUCAAGAAAUAUGACCAGGACCUCAGCCCAUCAGAUGAUAAGGACUCUGAUUCCAGUAGGGAGACACUGGACGAUCUUUUCCCAGAUGAGCAGGAUGAGCCGGGCCCUGGCAUUCAGCCUCCUCACAGCAGUGCAGCGGCUGCAGCGCAGCAGGGAGGGUACGAGAUCCCCGCUCGUCUCAGAACCCUCCACAAUCUGGUGAUCCAGUACGCCUCGCAGGGCCGGUAUGAGGUGGCCGUUCCUCUCUGCAAACAGGCUCUGGAAGAUCUGGAGAAAACAUCUGGACACGAUCAUCCUGAUGUAGCCACCAUGCUCAACAUUCUUGCCCUCGUCUACAGGGACCAGAAUAAAUACAAAGAGGCAGCAAACCUCCUUAACGAUGCACUGGCCAUCAGAGAGAAGACCCUGGGCAGAGACCACCCUGCGGUGGCUGCCACAUUGAACAACCUGGCCGUUCUUUAUGGCAAACGAGGGAAGUACAAGGAAGCAGAGCCUCUGUGUAAAAGGGCGCUGGAGAUCAGAGAGAAGGUGCUGGGGAAGGACCACCCUGAUGUUGCCAAGCAGCUGAAUAAUCUGGCCUUGCUGUGUCAGAACCAAGGCAAGUAUGAAGAGGUGGAGUACUACUACCAGAGGGCCCUGGAGAUCUACCAGACCAAACUGGGCCCUGAUGACCCCAAUGUGGCCAAGACCAAAAACAACCUGGCUUCAUGCUAUCUGAAGCAGGGGAAGUUUAAGCAGGCAGAGACUCUGUAUAAAGAGAUCCUCACCAGAGCCCAUGAGAGAGAGUUUGGCUCUGUAGAUGGGUAUCAUGUUGUCUUGUCUCUCUUCCUGCAGGGUCUGGACACGGCACAUAAGCAGCGUGUGGCAGAGGUGCUGGGAGACCCUGAAGUACGAGAGAAGCAGAGGAGCCGUGAGAGCCUGACCUCUGACACGGUGAAGUACGAAAGCGGCCCUGACGGAGGAGAGGAAGUGAGUAUGAGCGUGGAGUGGAACGGGGACGGCUCGGGCUCGCUGAAGCGCAGCGGUUCCUUUAGUAAACUGCGGGCCUCUAUCCGGCGCAGCAGUGAGAAACUGGUCCGCAAGCUCAAAGGAGGGAGCUUACGAGAUAACGAACCCAAAAACCCGGGCAGCAUGAAGAGGGCCAGCUCUCUUGGAGUUCUCAACGAGCCGGAUAAACCUGUGGCUGAACUCAAAGAACGAAAUAAUCGUCUAAGGAAGUCGCGAGACCUGAGUUCCAGUCACACUGACCUGGCGCAUUGAAGGUCUGCUGUUGGACGUCCCGAUGAAGAGAGGUACUAAGAGGUCUCAUCAUCAGGCUGAAGUGAACUGUGUUUUUGACCAGGACUACCUUCUCCGGCGGUUACUUUUGCUCUCGUGUCUCUGUAUAUGUAUUUAAUUUCUGGUAAGCUUGCUGUAGAAAUGACAACUGAUGUAAAAACUCAACCAGAACCAAAGUGCACAACAAAUUUGAGAUUGAUGAAAAUGUCAAAAACCAGAAAAUCGAUAAUGCUAUGCAGGCUCAGGUUGAGACUAGUCACUCUAAUGGCAUUUUUGCUGCUUUCAUGUGGUUUAUUUUCCUUUGUUUUAUUUUGAGAUGUACUUCGACGCUUUUUUUGAAACCAGCAACUAUAGGACUGUUUUUAUUAAUGAAGGAUUAUAGUGACAGAGGUGUGCAUAUUUGUGUGUUUAUAGACAUAAGAUAGUUUGGAGGGGGUUUUUUUUGUACCACUUUCCCUCUUUGUGACUUAAUAUUCUGCUAUUGAUGACUUUAAUGUUGUUUAUACCUUGAGUUACA